GAUGCUUCCCCACUCGGACCGGGUCAUCCUCCUUGUCCUCCUCCUCCUCCGUCGCCUCCCCCAAAACCUUCACACCAGUCACCGCUACUGCUGCUGCUUCGAGGCUGCUAGCGUCGGCGGGGGUAACACCAUCAUCAGCCAUGGAGGCCAGCGGGACCGAUUCCGAGGGGCGGGAGUUCAAGAACGCGGCGGACAUGUGGAGGGAAGAGCUCGGCGAGGGCGGGGAUGACGGCGUCAAGAAGACCCAGUGGUACUCUCACGGCGUCGGAUACUGGCAAGGAGUGGAGGCGUCGGUGGACGGUGUUCUGGGCGGGUAUGGCCACGUGAACGACGCCGACAUCAAGUGCAGUGAGCCCUUUCUCAAAGCCCUCAUGGCUGAACGGUUAUCAGGCGCCGACAAAGACCGCCAUCUGGUUGCCCUCGAUUGCGGUUCCGGCAUUGGAAGAGUCACAAAGAAUCUUUUGAUAAGACAUUUUAAUGAGGUUGAUCUACUUGAGCCUGUAUCUCAUUUUCUUGAAGCUGCUCGUGAGAGUUUGGCUCCUGAAAAUCACACAGCAGCUGAUAACCACCGCGCCUCUAACUUUUACUGUAUUCCCCUUCAGGAAUUCACCCCAGAAGUAGGAAGAUACGAUGUAAUUUGGAUUCAAUGGUGCAUUGGCCACCUCGCAGAUGAUGAUUUCAUUUCAUUCUUCAAGAGAGCAAAGGUUGGGCUCAAGCCUGGUGGAUUAUUUGUUCUCAAGGAAAAUAUUGCAAGAAAUGGAUUUGUGUUGGACAAAGAGGAUCGGAGUGUUACCAGGUCGGAUUUGUACUUCAAGGAGCUCUUUAAUCAGUGCGGGUUGCAUCUCUAUAAACAGAAGGACCAAAGAGGAUUCCCCAAUGAACUAUUUGCUGUGAAGAUGUAUGCAUUAACCCCGGAUGUCCCAAAACGAGUUCACAAGACCCGAAGCAAAGCAAAAUCAUAUAGUCCUGGCAUCAUCAGAUGAGAAACUAAACUUGCUAAGACUAAAGAUUGUCAUUUUUUCUCCGUCUCUUUCCGUUCGUCAGGGGCCUCAGGGCUUGUGUAUUAUUGUCAAUUUUACCGAACUACUUUUCAUCUUUGGUAGUCGCGAGUGUUGAGGAUGCUGAAGUUAGAAUAUUUGCAUUACUUCCGCUCUAGGUAUACAUUUUGGUUCAA